AUAUUUUAUUUCCAUUAUGGACAACAAAAAGAGUAACAGCUGAUGGCUGACUGCAAGAAAAAUAGAAGAGAAAGAGGAGAGUGUCAAUAUUGCCCAGACAAGGAAACACAGGAAAAAAUGAAUUGCAUUAAGAAAGUGAUCAAAAGAAGUGGAUUCCGUUAUUUCUGAGAGAAAAAAAAUCCAUAUAUAUAUAGAAUACACCUAGCAACGAGUUUGCUUGUAUCACAUGGCUCUUGAGUCUGCACUUUUCAGGAUUUAACUCUUGAGAAAGCCACAGAAUUAUCAGAGCAGGGCCGAAAGCCAAGUAACUAUUCUUCUAAGUAGAACCAGAAACAUAGCUCUUCCCCAACUGCAAUGAAGAUUCGCUGGUGGGUGAAUUGGCAACUGAAGGCCAGAGAAGUUCUAUUACUUGCCCUAAAUCACUCAACUAAUUAGUAGUCAUACUGCAAUCAGAACCAAGAUUUUGCAUUGUUAGGUUUUAAUUUUGUUACAUUUGCACUCUAACUCCACUGAAUACAGAUAAAAGAAAUGCGUAGUGCAAUUUCUAAAUUGCCACAGCUGGAGCACUUUAAGAGCUACAAUUGUCCAGUUAAGGCGGUAGUGGGUGGAUGGUGCCGCCAUGUUAAUUCGGUGGAAUAAAACCAGAGGUGAGUUAGGCUGGGUGCGGUGGCUCACGCUUGUAAUCCCAACACUUUGGGAGGCCGAGGCGGGCAGAUCACCUGAGGUCGGGAGUUCGAGACCAGCCUCACCAACAGGGAGAAACCCCGUCUCUACCAAAAAUACAAAAUUAGCCGGCCGUGGUGGCGCGCGCCUGUAAUCCCAGGAACUCUGGAGACUGAGGCAGGAGACUCGCUUGAACCCAGGAGGCGGAGGUUGCGGUGAGCGGAGAUCGCGCCAUUGCACUCCAGCCUGGGAAACAAGAGCGAAACUCCGUCUCAAAAAAAAACAAAAAACAAACAAAAAAAACAGAGGUGAGUUCAGCAGAAGAAACAAAGGUGGAUUAUUAGUCUUAAAUGGGCGUGUCUACUUCAGGAAGGGAGUGAAAGCAAAAAACUGAGGAGCUAACGGUGGGAGGGGGAAUGAAAGGAUCUCAGAAUGUGGGCGUCGUGGGUGGGAAAAGGGAUGCCAGGGCACCAGAAGAGCAAUACAAAACAGCUCCCGUGGGCAGGCACCGGAGACCUUCCGCGCUGCCGGCCGGGCGACCCCGCAGGAAGUAGGAAGGACGAGCGCGCACUACAAAUCCCAGAAGCCCCCGUUUCCUGGAGCCCGCGCCGUGCCGCGCUACGCCCGCCGGGAGCCGGCCAGAGCGGCCAAGAUGUCGCAGCCCAAGAAAAGAAAGCUUGAGUCGGGGGGCGGCGGCGAAGGAGGGGAGGGAACUGAAGAGGAAGAUGGCGCGGAGCUGGAGGCGGCCCUGGAGCGACCCCGGAGGACUAAGCGGGAGCGGGACCAGCUGUACUACGAGUGCUACUCGGACGUUUCGGUCCACGAGGAGAUGAUCGCGGACCGCGUCCGCACCGAUGCCUACCGCCUGGGUAUCCUUCGGAACUGGGCAGCACUGCGAGGCAAGACGGUACUGGACGUGGGCGCGGGCACCGGCAUUCUGAGCAUCUUCUGUGCCCAGGCCGGGGCCCGGCGCGUGUACGCGGUAGAGGCCAGCGCCAUCUGGCAACAGGCCCGGGAGGUGGUGCGGUUCAAUGGGCUGGAGGACCGGGUGCACGUCCUGCCGGGACCGGUGGAGACUGUGGAGUUGCCAGAACAGGUGGAUGCCAUCGUGAGCGAGUGGAUGGGCUACGGACUCCUACACGAGUCCAUGCUGAGCUCCGUCCUCCACGCGCGAACCAAAUGGCUGAAGGAGGGCGGUCUUCUCCUGCCGGCCUCCGCCGAGCUCUUCAUAGCCCCCAUCAGCGACCAGAUGCUGGAAUGGCGCCUGGGCUUCUGGAGCCAGGUGAAGCAGCACUAUGGUGUGGACAUGAGCUGCCUGGAGGGCUUCGCCACGCGCUGCCUUAUGGGCCACUCAGAGAUCGUUGUGCAGGGAUUGUCCGGCGAGGACGUGCUGGCCCGGCCGCAGCGCUUUGCUCAGCUAGAGCUCUCCCGCGCCGGCUUGGAGCAGGAGCUGGAGGCCGGAGUGGGCGGGCGCUUCCGCUGCAGCUGCUAUGGCUCGGCGCCCAUGCAUGGCUUUGCCAUCUGGUUCCAGGUGACCUUCCCUGGAGGGGAGUCGGAGAAACCCCUGGUGCUGUCCACCUCGCCUUUUCACCCGGCCACGCACUGGAAACAGGCGCUCCUCUACCUGAACGAGCCGGUGCAAGUGGAGCAAGACACGGACGUUUCAGGAGAGAUCACGCUGCUGCCCUCCCGGGACAACCCCCGUCGCCUGCGCGUGCUGCUGCGCUACAAAGUGGGAGACCAGGAGGAGAAGACCAAAGACUUUGCCAUGGAGGACUGAGCGUUGCCUUUUCUCCCAGCUACCUCCCAAAGCAGCCUGACCUGCGUGGGAGAGGCGUAGCGAGGUCGGAGGAGAAAGGGAGAUUCCACGUGCAAGUAGGGGGAAUAUCUGUCUCCGUUUUCCCUCAUAGCCUCUAGGGAGGGAGAGUGACUUCAUGCUCCAUUUGAAGAGAUUCUUCUGGUGAUGUUUACUUAAAAAGUGAUCCCCCUCAACAACGGAUACAGCGUGCUUAUUAUUGGGCAUUUAAGCCUCAAAAGCAUGUAGUACCAAACACUUGUAUUUCCGUAUAUUUUGUUUUGCGGGGGAGGGAGAGGGAAGAACACGGAUGAAAAUGUCAGUUUUUGAAGGGUCCAUGCACAUCCCUGACACCUCACACCUUAUCUAAGUCUGAAGCUGGGGAGAAAGGGUUCAUUUAGACUUCAUACAUUUCCAGUACGACUUUAGUAUCUCUCCAGAGCCAUAUUUUCUCAGUCUGAAUUAAUUCCCCCUCCCUAGGUGCCUGUAGGCUAUGGUACUUCUUCCUCAUUGUUUUCUAAGUAAACUUCACUACUCGUAAUUAAGGGGAAGGAUAUGAGGAAGCAGUUUAAAUAACCCUGUUCUCAUUACUUUGACCACAUACAUCAUAGGGUGCUAAAGUUGAUGAACACAUUAAUCCGUUAAGUAAAAUGGACUUUGUAAUCGUACAGCAUACCUAAGAAACUCAGAAGGUGCAUUUAGGAGAGAGACCUGAAAGAAAUAGUAUGGAUUUUUAAAAAUUCUUGUCUCUACUAUUACAACCAAAAAACAAAUAUUUCAUGUAUGUCCCAUAAAAAUAUUUGUGUAAUUCUUAUGAAACAGGCUGGUAGAGGAGGUUGCUGAGCCUAGCCCAAGGGCUUAUUCAUCACCAUGGGUAAAUUAUUUAAACUCACUUAAUUAAGGAAAAUAUUUUCCCAGCUAGAAAAGUGUACUCAUUCUCAUUUAAACUUUCUCAUUUGGAGGGAUCAUGUGAGUUGGCCUACUUACAAGUAGUGAAAGUUCCCUUUUCAGUUUUGUUUUGUUUUGUUUUUUUUCUCUCUCUUUCACUCAGCCAAAUGUGAAAGUUGUGAAUUUAGGAAAAUCACUUGUAAUGAAGUGUGAAUCUUGUUAUCAAAUUUAUUUCAUUGAUGUUUCCCUCCUUAUCCUUGUAGCCAAUAAAACAUUGACAUUCUCACGUUUUAUAGAUGAAGUAAAAAGUCUUGUGUGCUAUGAGUUACAAUGCUUUUGCCUUUUUAAUAUUUUUAGUUCUUAAGUGUUACAGCCCCUUCAGAAUAUAACUUCAGGACAAUUCAAACUAUGCUUAAUGUAUGAUUUUCGAGCUUCUGUAUGCUAAGAAAAUAGGUGUGAAAAACUGGUGUUCUGAAAUAGCCUAACAUUUAUUGUAAUUCUGAGUUUUCUGCCCUUUUAUUCAUUGCAUAUUAAAGUAUUAGAGUAUAAAAACUAA